CAGCAGUGCGUUAUACCGUUCAACGUCCAGUAGUAUCGUGCGUUCAUGCCGAUCUCGUGCGUUCGUCUGUACCGGUUUCUUCGGCCUUGCCGUCGCCCCGCUCGUCGAGAUAUCGUUAUUAUUUUACCGUUUUCCUCGUUCACGAGCGCGCAUUCGAAUCCGACACACGAUCGUCGCGCAAUGAAUCCGACCGACUCCCACGGGAAAUAACGUAUCGUUGGAUUCUCAUAUUAUAGAUCGAUCGAAGCGGCCACGGAAAUAUCGCUGCGACCAAGACGUCCCGGAAGCCGUUAUUAAGUCCCUCUCGCGGCUCUCAUCCGACACCACAUUUCGGACAAAAGCGCACGAGAGAUGAUUACGCAUCGGACGUGAUGGCUGAAAACGUCAACUAUGCAGGCGGUAAAGGACAUUUCUGUCAGCUCAACAGUUUGUGGUCCGUAUGGUACGGACUGUUAGCUACCGUGCUGAACGUCUAUUCCGUUCUGUUGGCCACUAGAAGACUAUCUGAAUACUUAGAAGUAGUAUGGCCGCCGAAGAGCGUACUGCCGCCCCGAUACGAAGUGCACUGUUUCGUGGCCACCAUCGGAAUGGCCGCGAUCCUUGUGCCGUUGGUAGCAUUUACCGCGGCCUUCCGCACAGGAAACAUGGCCAACGACUCGGACAAGCUGGGCAACCUGUUGGAUGUCCGCCGUCGUCGGCUGUCAUCGUGCUGGACGCACGGUCCGCCGUCUUCGUCCACGCUGCACUCGUUCACCGCACUAGCCCUGCUUGUCGUCAAGCUCAUGAUCGAAGCUAGACUUGUGCAAGUCGGUCUCAUGUCCACAGAUAAUAUUUGGAAAACCGACUUGGAUUUUCUGGUUAUUAGUGGACAUCAGUCAGGUUCAUCCAACUCAACCCUGAAAUUGCACAUCGAACCUAAAACACAGUCGGUUCUUGUUCCUCAGUCAUCAUCGCCAUCAACCAAUAGAUCCUAUGGUGCGGAUACAGAUGGUACAAUGUCCAUUGAAUUUUUAAACUACGCCAUGGCUCUGUUCAUUUAUUGCGGUCGUUACGCAUCCGUAUUCUGGGAAACCAAUAAGUGUUUCGCCACACUCUUUUCUGUCCAGCUAUUUGCCAACGCCAUACAGUGCUUAUCCCUAUAUCUUUUCACAUGUGUUCUGUACAAGAUGCAAGUAUUGGGCGUCAGCAAAAUGGUGAAGGAGUUGCCGGCCGGGACUAACACUUAUCAUCUAGUGUUGGACUAUUUAGAUACCGCGGUCUUAUUUACCAUUACCACGGUCUUGAUAUUCGUGUCCAACUCGAUCAUCUACUAUUACGGGUAUUCGCGUUUCAACACCUUUGUGAAACGUCAGACCGGUGGUCAUAAGACGAUCACCGAUGCCUACUCUAGUCUGAUGCCGUACUGCGCCAGCGUUUUGACGUUACUCGCCGUCAUAGCAUCCGAAAGCCCCUUGUUGUACAAUGCGAUCGUUGUUUUCCGAUCGUCCUUAAACGGUGUGGUCUUGGUGUGCUUGUUGAACUCCACCGCGCACGUGUUCGUGUGGAUAGCCAUGUGGUCCGUGUUGACUUUAAAGCCUUGCUGGAAGUUCAACCUUCACCUGUUCCUAGAAUACGACUCGUUGGGUAUGUCCGAUGACGGCAAUGAAGACCAACGAGUUCCCAUGCUGGUGGUGGCUCAAGGCGCAACGUACUCGUUGACUGAAAAAACCGCUAAAAGAAUCGUGACCUCUGUAGUGGAAAGAGUAGUGACCGAUUAUACUCGAGUGAAUUACAAUAAGCACAAGUCAAAACGAACACCUAAAACGAUGAGUGACGAACAAAUAUACUGGCCGCGACCAAAGUCUAGUUCUGGGCGCAGUUGUUUGAGCGAAAUGGAUGAAUCAGACGAACCGUCUGGUUGUUUUAGUUGCAGACGAACUAAAAAGUCCACAAAAGGCAUUCCUAUGCAAAAAGUUGACCGGAGGGGAGUAAGCCCCGAGGACGAUGGAGAUUAUGCGAAACUGCGUGAAUUGCCAAUGGUCACCAGAGCGGCAAACGACCACAGCGAUGACAACACGUCUGAGGACACGAAGCUAUUGGAAACGGUCCGAGAAGGCGUGAUAACGUAUGCGAGUGCCAAUACAAGAGAACUGUUUUACUCACCAGCCACACCACCACCUCCACCACCACCCGUGGAAGACAUUAGUUCAGCUGCAGAAUUCCAUAAGAGCAAAAAUCAAGUAUGUAAGCAACAAGACCCGUAUCACGGUGUAUACAGGGCGACUGGGUUGACGACGAUGAUGACGGGCAGCUCGGCGCUCAAUGGCGGCGGUUCUGCGUCCGUGACGGCCACAGAUGACUUUGAGGAGGACGCGGUCAAGUCCGAAUCCGAAGCGUCCGUGGCCGGCCAUUCGCCGCAGGCCGUAUGCAGUGGCCACAGCGAGUCCUCCAGCGGUGUGCACUCGAAUAGUAGCCAGGAGACGGCGGCCACGAUGCCAUUGCCACCGCCGCCGCCACCGCUUCAACUGCCGUCGGCCACGUCCACGCCGUCGCCGACGGACGAGCAAAGACGACGGGCCAGCUAUGCGGACCUGUCCGUGGAUACGGUGGUGAUCCGGCAUAAAGGUGGUCCUGGGGCCAAAGCCCGGAUGCCGCCGGACCCAUGCACGCGACCGACGAACGUGUCGCUGAGCUCGUUCACGGAACCGCGAGGCGCGCGCAACCGGCCCGGCUCGGUGCCGGGCUGGAGGACGAUGCCACACAACGUGCAACAGCCACCGACGCCUCCGCAGCACCAUCAGCAACAGCACCACCAUCAGCAGCAGCUCGUCAACAACAAAGCGCAUUAUUCGCACCAGUAUCAGAACCAGAAGCAGUACCAGCACGACAGCAACGGGUACCAGCAGCACUCGCGGUUGCAGUGGUCGUCGUCGAACGGCGGCACCACGGCAGCCGCGAUCGCGGCCGUCCGGUCUCGGAAUCACUCGACCAUACCAACGCACCACAACGGCGUCAGGUUGUUCCAGCAGCAACAGCAGCAACAGUCGUACAGGCAGUAAUGUAAACGACGAUCCGUUCUUAAAAUCCGCGCACCGACCCGGACGAGAGGUUUAAAUUUUUUUAUUUUUGUACACUUUUUACGAUUGUUUUGUACAACUGCUCGUGGCUCACCCGUUGCGGUGCGUGAUCUUCUUGCAUUGUUUCUAUACCUUCAUGGGGAGAAAUUAUUUCGUUGCCAUUCAGUAACCUUUUCCAUCCCUUAACGCCACAACCAGCGGACAGCAGUGAGAUAAUGUGGUGGUGGAAAGGAACUAUCUAGUCCGUAUGCGAUUUCUAUGUUUCUGCGAGUAUUUAUUUGUGUGUGUGUGUGUGUGUUUUACUCGCGAUUUACAAUUUACUAUUAUCAUUGUUCACUAUCACUAAUUUAUU